UCCCGCUUUUCCCAUUCGUCCUCAUCAACCCUAAACAGUGAUCACUACACCUCUCUCUCUCUCUCUCUCUUUUUCUCUCUCUGUGUUAACAAUGGCGUCCGCUACUGUCAUUUCCAUCACAACAGUACUCACAUUGCUUCUCACGGUGGCCAAUGCGAAAAUCCCAGGCCCUUACGCCGGCGGCUCCUGGCAAGACGCCCACGCUACCUUUUAUGGCGGCAGCGACGCUUCUGGAACAAUGGGUGGUGCUUGUGGUUAUGGAAACCUCUACAGCCAAGGCUACGGAGUGAACACGGCGGCUCUGAGCACGGCUCUGUUCAACAAUGGCUUAAGCUGCGGAGCUUGUUUCGAGCUCAAGUGCGCCGACGACCCGAGAUGGUGUCACCCUGGAAGCCCUUCCAUCUUCGUCACCGCCACCAACUUCUGCCCUCCUAACUUCGCUCAACCCAGUGACAAUGGCGGUUGGUGCAACCCCCCUCGCCCUCAUUUCGACCUCGCUAUGCCAAUGUUCCUUAAAAUCGCCGAGUACCGUGCCGGAAUCGUUCCCGUCAGUUACCGCCGGAUUCCGUGUAGAAAGGCCGGUGGAAUAAGGUUCACAAUUAACGGUUUCCGUUACUUUAACUUGGUUUUGGUAACCAACGUCGCGGGUGCAGGGGAUAUCGUGCAGGUGAGCAUAAAAGGGGCCAAAACCCAGUGGAUGCCCAUGAGCCGAAACUGGGGCCAGAAUUGGCAGUCCAAUUCGGUCUUAGUGGGCCAGGCCCUUUCAUUUCGGGUUCGGGCCAGUGAUAGGCGGAGCUCCACUUCCUGGAACAUUGCCCCGGCCAACUGGCAAUUUGGUCAAACUUUCACCGGAAAGAAUUUCCGUGUCUGAUACCAAAAAUACCCUCUUCCUUUUUAUUUUUUUAAUUAAUACCCCUCGUAUUUUUUUCCUUUUCCCUUUACUGUGUUGUUUUCAAUUUAAACUGUUUUGGUUUUUUUUUUUUGGGUUAGUUUCCCGCCUUCAGAUUUUCUGCUAUUUUCUCGGGAAAAUUUGAAGUGUUUGUUUGGGAGUAUAAAAAAAAAAGUAAUAGAUAUGGGGUUAGGGUUAUGGGAAAAGUUGGGUGAAGAAUGAUACAGGGGUAGGAAAGUCUUUUCACUUUUUUUUUUUUUUUUUGGUGUUUUUUGUUAGUGAAGGGUGUGUUAUGAGUUUUUUUGGGUUUGAAAGUGGGAAAAUGGGUAGUGAAAUUACCAAACUAGCCAUUGAAGUUUAGAGGCUGAAGUGGCUGCAAUAGAGGCAAAAGGCAAUGUAGCCCGCAGCUUUUCUUUUCAUAUUAUAUUAUUAUUAUUAUUAUAUGAAAUGUACUCCCAUUACUAUAUGAAUUAUAAAGUCUAAUGCUAUGGUGUUAUUAUUA